CGUUACUCAACAGACGUCAGCAAACGUCAGUGUCAGUGUCAAAAAAAUCUAUAACCUAAAAGAUUGUUUACGUUGUGUGGUUGUUAUUAAAAUUGUGAAUAAACGAAUAAAAAUAUCUUUGAAAUGAGCAGUAGUGAUGAAUCGGACCAAAAUUAUAGCGCCGAAGAGCAGGAUGAGGAAAGGACCGAAAUUAGAUCACAACUGUCGACGCUAUCAUUUGAGGAGUUACAAAAACUAAAAGAGAAAAUCGGUGCCAAAGUGUACAAAGAAGCGUUGUUUGGCAAGAAAAAAGAGAGUGAUGCUCCAAAAAUAUUUAAGAGGGAAAAUAAGAAUAGACCACGUGAGAUGAGCUCUAAGAAACCUGUCCGUAUGUUGCAAGCUAUACCAACUGUAAAGAAGAAGGAAAUUCGUGAUCCAAGAUUUGACCCUCUCUGUGGUGAAUUUGACAAGAAACAGUUUGCGGAGGACUAUAAUUUUCUAUCAGACAUACGUAUAAAAGAUAUUAAGGCUAUAAGGGCGGAACUGAAAGAAACUACAGACCCUGAAAGACAGAUUAAGCUGCGGAGACUACUGCAGCGAUUGAAUGACCAGCACAAACACACGAAGAGGAGUAAGGUGGAGAAAGAAGUAGUUGAGAAGAAUAGAGAAAAGAUUGAACAAGAGUUUAGGGCUGGGAAACAACCGCACUUCAAGAAUAAAUCUGAACAACGUGUUGAAGCGUUAGUGAAGCAGUAUGAGGAACUGAAGAAGGAAGGUUCUGGAAGGAUACAGCGACAUCUGAAGCGUAGACAACAGAAAGUCAAGAAAAGAUCGUUCAAAGCACCAACUGGUGUCAGUUGAAAAUAUUAACCUGUAAUUAUGUACAUUAUUUUUUCAAUUAAAUUUUUGAAGUGAACAUUUA